AGUGCGGCACUCCUUUCGGACUCGUUCAUCUGUCAGUCGCAUAAAAUUUGCGAAUUUGUGUUGAAUGAAUGUGAGGAUCGAUUUCGGCGGACCAGCAGCGGUCGAAUUGUGGAACUGCCCGGCCUAUUCUCUACGAAUAUCGGAUAUACAAGCGGCAGGAGUUGCCGCCGCGCAGAUCAAGGACCUUGAUUGAAUGUGCAUGCACCCGCCUUACUAACAAUGGCCAGUUUCGCUGCUCAAGCGGCCCUCAGAUCCAGGUGGACCGACCUGGUUGACUCCUCGUCGUUUGAGGUGCCCAAGGAGGUGACCACUGGUGUCAAGAGUGUUGUGGGCUGGCUCAAGCAGGCGUCACACGAAGUGCGUCAGGCAGGCUUGCGCACCCUGAGAAACAAUUUUGUGGAGGUCCAUACAAUGGGCUCCAACGUGCCACUUUCAUCUAUAACUAUUCUCCACUUCAACGAUGUAUAUAACGUUGAGCCAGCGGACAAAGAGCCAGUGGGAGGCGCUGCCAGGUUUGUCCACGUCAUCAAGUCUUUGGAGCACCUGAAUCCCCUCAUAUUGUUCAGUGGCGAUGCAAUCGCCCCCAGCAUGCUAAGCACCUUCACAAAGGGUGAGCAGAUGAUUCCUGUACUCAAUGAGUGCAACGUCCAUUGUGCCGUCUACGGCAAUCAUGAGUUUGAUUUUGGUCUGGAUGUCUUGCUUGACUGGGUCAGCAGGACCAACUUUCCGUGGCUAAUGAGCAAUGUCCUUGACAACGAAACCGGCCGACCCUUGGCUGAUGGAAAGAUCACCCAUGUUGUUCAGUGGGGAGGUCACAAAAUUGGAUUGAUUGGAUUAGUUGAAAGAGAGUGGCUGGACACUCUUGCCAGCAUUAAUACUGACGAGGUCACAUUCAUCAAUUACAUAGAAGCUGGAAAAAAAUUGGCCCAACAAUUAAAGGAAGAGGGUUGUGAAUAUGUAAUUGCCCUCACACACAUGCGAACUCCAAAUGAUGUCCUCCUCAUAGAGGGUGUGCCUGAGAUUGACCUUUUCCUUGGAGGUCAUGACCAUGUUUAUGAUGUGCAAUUGGUUGAUGGGAGAUACUUGAUCAAAAGUGGGACCGAUUUCCGUCAAAUGUCUAAAAUCACUUUAACCUUUACUGGAAAGAAUGUGGAUGUUGAUAUUGAAGAGAUCAAUGUCACCUCAAAGUACCCUGAAGAUGAUGGACUCAAGAAGGAGCUUGAGAAGUAUUCAGCUGUGAUUGCUGAAAAAAUGGAAGAAGUGCUUGGCACAUUUGCAGUUCCUCUUGAUGGCAGGUUUGCCAGCAUUAGGACAUCAGAAACCAAUCUAGGCAACUGGGUGUGCGACGUAAUUCUUGCUGCUACUGGUGCUGACUUUGUACUCCUUAACUCUGGCACAUUGCGUUCUGAUCGGGAGCAUUGCGCUGGAGAAUUCACACUUAGGGAUUUGAUGAGUGUGUUGCCCAUGAUGGAUUGUCUUACUGUCCUCUCAGUCACUGGCUCCCAAAUUUUGAAAAUGCUGGAGAACAGUGUUUCACAGUAUCCUCGACUGGAGGGUCGCUUCCCACAAGUAUCAGGAAUUUCUUUUGGGUUUGAUCCAAAUGCAUCUGCAGGCCAGAGGGUGGACCCUCAAUUUGUGAGAAUCGGAGACGAGUACCUCAGCUUAGACCAGAGAUACAAACUUGCAACUAAGAAAUAUGUUGCUCAAGGAAAAGACGGCUAUGACUGUUUAAGAGAAUCAAAAAUUUUGGUUGAUGCUGACGACUGUGUUGAGUUAAGGACGGCAAUCCAGAACCAUUUUCAUGCCAUAAAAAUGAGACAAGGCCAGACCAAGCGCCACACAAAGCACAGGCAGAGUUUGGUUACUAUAUCAAGAAGGCACAGUUUGGUGAAAAUGCUGGAGACAACUGAGAACUCUGACGCGCCUCCUCCUCUUCGUCGUUCAAGCAUCAUUGACCAGGAUGGAGGACCUCCACCUUUACGCAACAGACUGACCCGUAGAGCCAGCAUUGAUGAUUUGGAACAGGAAACAUGCGAGUUGUGCCCCAAAGUUGAAGGUCGGAUUGUGCACUUGACUCCAGAGACACGCCGAAGGCUUACUUUGGAAAGGCAAAGGAUUGAGGCUGACUCUGUGAUUCCCGAAGCAGAUGAGUCUAUAUCCCCAAGGGGGAGCUUCGACAAUUCAUAAGCCACUGAGGAGUGGAGAAUUGAUGAAUUAUUGUCCCUGCCGCAUAUGAGACAUUAUUUUAUUGGUGUGAUUGGUUAUAUAGGCAAAGACCUAUACUGUUGUUUAUACAUACAAUAUGUAUGCAUCGAUGAUACAUUCAUGAGCACUAUGUUAACAAUACUUCCACACACCAAUUAAAUGUUUAGCUUGGUCUAGCUAAUAUGUAUCGUUAAGAAAGAUUUUCAUCCCUCCUUUUAGAGUGACGAAGUGAAUUUUGAAAACGGAAAGUAUUAACUGGAUGUGAUAUUUUGAUCUGCGAUGGAUUGGAGCCGGUUCCACUCAUAAUUAUACCCCAAAUAAAGAAAGGAAUAACAGCUUUUGUUAUUUGAUCGUGAUAAUUUACGUUGCCCAAAAAAGGUGUUGUCUGCAAAGGGAGUUGUGGGCACCACACUUUUUGCUUUCUAAGCCCUUUUUGCAACAAUUCCUUUAGUAAGCAACUCUGUUGUGGGUUUGCGAGCUUCGGGCUGGAGGCGCGCUCGCCCGAGAACGUGGUGAAGGCCGGCUCCGGGCGGGACAAAAGGCCGGGGUUCGUGAGGGGGCUCCUGCGGAGUCCCCUCAUGAACACAGCCGCCCUUUUGUCCUCGCCCUCCGCACGGCCUUCCCCACGUCCUCGACCUCGCUGCGCCUCCACCCCUCGCUCGCGGCUUCUGCAAAAAUUAAUCAUGGGGUUGCCCACCUCCGAAUUGCCGGUUUGUGGGGUGCCCACAACUCCGGCCGCUUGCAACACUUUUUGUAAUAAUUAAUUUGUCGUGCGUCGCGCCUCCUAUAUAAGCAUGCGUCGCGCGUACUAUAAGCAUGCGGCAUGCGUCGCGUGUACUAUAACCAUGCGUCGCGCCUCUUACGAUGGUGAAAAGCGCCCGGCCUCUGGAAUUCGCUUUGCCCCUCACUGGAUUUACGGCCCGUCGCGCGUCCUAUAAACAUGCGUCGCGCCUGCUAUAAGGGUGCGCACGGCCCUCCGGAGGUCGUCUUGCCCCAUUCUGAACCCAUCCCAAGGGCCCCCUACAUUAAGAUUGUAGGAAAAGAUUUGCGUCGCGCGUGCUAUAUGUUGCCGAGGUAUCGAUGGAAUAAUCGGUUUUCUUAACAAUUAUACCGCCACCAGUAUUGAACGCGCGACGUAAAACCAGUAUUGUAUGCGCGACGUAAAACCACUAUUGAACGCGCGACAUAAUGCAAGUGAUGCCAACUGAAAUCAGGGAUUUUAGGAACCACGUCGCGCGUACUAUAACAUUACCAUUUAUUUUUUGUAAAAAAUGUUAUAGCUUUUACAGCACAAAUUAAUAAGUCAUAUGUGCCCAAUCAGCAAGAAGAAUUUUUUAAUAUUGUUGCCAUGUUUUUUUUUUUUUUUUUUUUUUUUUA